AAGUUGUGCGCUCACAUUAAAAAGCAAAGCGAGAACAUUUAUAAUAAUAAUUAUUACAAAAGUCAACAAGCAAUAAAAAAACAUGUUUAACAAUUAUUUUGAAAGUUAACCUGUUCAGAUCUAAUUAAUUGCGUACAGAGUACAAAACUGAUGUGCUUGAUUCUUAAACGACUAACCAAUUUGUGUUUUCUAGUUGCAAAGUUCAAUUUUUACUUUAUUUUGGCUUAAACUCAAUUUUAAUCGACUUCCGUUGGCUAAUCACUGAAAAAACAAUUUAGGUGCUCGAAAGUACGCUUUGAUUACAUAACAACUCUGGUUCUGCUCUGGAUCGGGUCUCUUAAAUUUUAACUUGGCCCAGUCAAUUGGUAUUUGGCCGUUCUAGUUAAAUGACGGCUCUUUUUUUGUUUGUUUCCUUACAGUGUGAAAUCUGAAGGAUUGUACUUAAAUGCAUAUUUGUUAUUAAAUACAAUACACAUUUAAUACACAAAUACAAAAAAGUGGAACGCAUGUAAAUAUGACAGUGUUGUCAAAGUAUGUGGAUCGCAUUGCCGAAAAGUAUGAACAGUGUGGAUUGCCCAUGCAGGCGUUUAGCUAUGCGUUGGUGGGAACAGCUCUUUUUGCAUUAACCGUUAAGGUAACUGUUCCCUACCUCCGAAAUGCAGCACAAGACGGCAAGAACGAAGAUGGCAAGAGGAGGAGAGACAAUAAAGGAGGUGGGGGCGGGUCACUCACACCAACCGAAAUCGAUGAGGAUCUAAAAUUGGCUGAAGCGGAAAAGUUGCUCGUCGAACAGCAAGCGAAAAAUCAAAAAUUGCUCGAACCGGGUUUGAAUCGGGAAUUUCUCAAGCAACUCGGCAUGCUCGUCCAAAUAAUGAUACCGCAAAAGCUCUGCUACGAAACGGGGCUGUUAACCGUGCACACCCUGUGCCUGAUUUCGCGCACCUUUCUCAGCAUCUAUGUGGCGGCGCUAGAGGGCGCCAUCGUGAAGUUUAUCGUUCGCAAGGAUGUCAAACAAUUUGCACUCGUACUGCUCAAAUGGUUUGGCAUUGCCAUACCAGCGACCUUUGUCAAUUCCAUGAUUCGUUUCCUCGAGAGCAAGUUGGCGUUGGCAUUUCGAACACGACUGGUGCGUCAUUCAUAUCGCUUGUAUUUCAAAAAUCAAAACUACUAUCGCGUGUCGAAUUUAGAUGGCCGAAUUGAAAACGCUGAUCACAGACUUACCGAGGACAUUUCGGUUUUUGCCAGCUCUGUGGCCCAUUUGUACAGCAGUUUGACAAAGCCCUGUUUCGAUCUGAUGCUAAUUGGCCUGGCUCUGAUGCGGUCCUCCCAAAAAAUGAAGGCCAACAUUUUACUAGGCCCCGCCCUAUCUGUCAGUGUUAUUGCACUAACGGCGCACAUCUUGCGGAUUGUUUCGCCCAAAUUCGGACAACUGGUCUCCGAGGAGGCGAAUCGCUACGGCUACCUGCGACACAUCCACUCCCGCAUCAUUACAAAUGCCGAGGAGAUCGCCUUCUACGGCGGACACAAGGUUGAGCUGCAGCAGCUGAGGCAGGCUUACAAUCGUCUGGUGAACCAAAUGAAUUCAAUAUUCAGUCAAAAAUUGUGGUUUAUAAUGCUGGAGCAGUUCUUCAUGAAGUAUGUGUGGUCUGGCACCGGCAUGGUCAUGGUAUCCCUGCCCAUCUUAACAGGCGCAGCUGUAAACAGUAACAUUAACAGCAGCAGUACCAGUAACAGUAACAGCAACGAUUCUAAUGUUAGUGAACGCACUCAAUAUCUGACAACAGCGCGAAAUUUGCUAAUUUCUGCAGCAGAUGCAAUUGAGAGAUUGAUGUCCUCGUACAAGGAGAUUGUCGCGCUCGCAGGAUACACGUAUCGUGUGGCUGGCAUGCUAGAUGUCCUCGAGGAGACAGCCCAGGGAAUCUACAGCAAGGCUACAGUUGUCGAGCACAAUGAUGAGAUAAAUGGCAUCAUUGAGUUCAGAGAUGGCAGACCAAUUGCCAAAGGUCGCAUUAUCUACACAGAUGAUGUAGCGGGGCAGUUGUCCGAUAUGAUUAGUCUGCGCGCGGUGCCCGUGGUGACACCCAACUGUGAUAUUGUUGUGCCAAGCUUGUCUUUAACCAUCGAGCCAGGCGUCCAUCUGCUAAUCACCGGUCCCAAUGGAUGUGGCAAGUCGAGUCUGUUCCGCAUCUUGAGCGGCUUGUGGCCGAUCUAUGCCGGGGAGUUACACAUACCACGUCCGAUUGAGAACAAGCCGUGCAUGUUUUAUAUACCACAACGACCCUAUAUGUCCAUCGGCAGUCUCUGCGAUCAGAUCAUAUAUCCCGAUACGCGCGAGGAUAUGAAACGCAAGAAUAUCACUGACAACGAACUCAUGGAUAUCCUCAAAAUGGUCUGCUUGGAGCACAUUGGUCAGCGUGAUGGCUUCAAUGUGGUGCGCGAUUGGAAGGAUAUUUUGUCGGGCGGUGAAAAACAACGUAUGGCCGUCGCUCGUCUCUUCUAUCACAAACCCCGCUAUGCCCUGCUGGACGAAUGUACGAGUGCCGUUUCCAUCGAUGUGGAGAGCUCCAUUUACGAGAUUGCUAAGCAAAUGGGAAUCACGCUGCUGACGAUUACACAUCGACCCACUCUCUGGAAAUUCCACACACAUAUUCUUGAGUUUGAUGGCCAAGGAGGCUGGCGAUUCAGAAAAAUGGAUCACAACGAGAUGCAGAAGGAGCAGUUCAUUCACUAAUAUACCCCAUAUUAAGAAUUAAAAUAAGCAUCAAGUGAAACGUGAAUAAAGACUAUAAGAUACAAAUUAA